CUUUGUGCGCUCUACUGUUUGCAUUGUGUCUGAAUUGCCGGCGAGGCUUCACAAACAUUAAACCACCGCGGCAAUGUCGGGCAGGUCGGUCCGCGCCGAGACCCGCAGCAGGGCGAAGGAUGACAUCAAGAGGGUCAUGGCCGCGAUCGAGAAAGUACGAAAAUGGGAGAAGAAAUGGGUAACUGUUGGAGACACCUCCCUCCGCAUCUACAAGUGGGUGCCGGUGACGGAGCCGAAAUCUGAUGAUAAGAACAAAAAUAAGAAGGGCAAGGAUGAGAAGUACGGCUCAGAAUUGACGACUCCAGAGAACAGCUCCUCUCCGGGGAUGAUGGACAUGCAUGAUGACAACAGCAACCAGAGCUCCAUCGCCGACUCGUCCCCCGUGAAACAGGAAAACAGCUGUAGCACCAGCCCCGCCCCGGAGAGCAACGCCGCGUCGCACCGUGAGAACAGCGAGGCCAAGGCGGACCAGAGCCCGGACACCAAGAGAGGCAAGACUAUCUCUCCAUCGGAGACCUCGGAACGAGCACAGAGCGCAAAAAGAGACGGCUCGUCCUCAGGGGAGAAGGAAUCUUCAGACAGCACAGCCACUCAGGACUUACAGGAGGAGGCCCCGCCCAGCAAGAAAAGCAAACUAGAGUCCUCAUCUCAGGACUUUGAGGAGAGUUAAAUGUUGGGGGAGAGUCGUGUCUCUCCUCCCUACCACCUCCCUCCUUCUGUACCUCCUUCCAUUAACUCUAGAUGAUUUAGGGCUAAUGGACACACUGGCUCUCCUCCCCCUCGGUAUUUUUUUUCCUCCUGCUGGCCCUUUUCUACCCCGACUCUUCACAACCAGCGGGAGAACGGACGUCUCCCUCCCUGAUGGCUGUUCCUCGUUGCCCGGACACUCCCACUGCCACAGAGGGAGAUGGAUUUUACCUCUUGUUCCUCGGCCCCCCCCCCCCCCCCUCCGUGCUUCCUUCCAGUCCUCCACACUUUUGCCAAGAGAAGCAUCAAACCCGGGCCGCGGUCCGAUCUGCGACCAGGCCCAGUCCUCGAUCCCCGACCUGCUCCUGUGACUCAACACUGGGGAUGUAAGAUUAGGACGAGGUUGAUCGCCGGCGCUGCUCUGAGACCCGUUUGAAAACAUUUCGCUAAUAAUCGUUUAGCUCAGGAUAAGUCAAGGGGCUAACCUGGUCUCAGAUCAGCGGCUUCGAGGGGGAACCUCCGCCCUACGACCACGUCACUUCGACCCUCCUGAUUUGCCUCCUGCUAGACUAAUGUUCUCUGUUUUGUUUAGGAAAUAUUUAGGGUUUUUUCUCAGGAGGGUCAAUGCACUGUUAUGGUAUGUCACAAUCGAUCACAGAUAGAUUUGCUGCUGUAGUGGAUGUCUUUUUUCUCUAUCCAUGAAAAGUUCUCCAUUCAUAUGUUUCCUAAAGUGAAUUAGGUUGUGGUUUGGUAGAGGAAGACGACGGUACCGGUCGAGAUAAACUCUUGGAUAAGAAGUGAGGAUGGGAGUAGCUAGCGUAGGUCCUGGAGGUGUGCCUUGAGUUGAUUAAUACACGUUUUAGGUCAGCAGGUUUUCAGUCCCGACGUUGGUGCCAUGUUUCGCUUUGUUUUAUUUUGUUUUAUUUUGUUUUGCCUUAUAAGCUGUCACUAAUCCGCUCAUCUGGUAUUUGUAUUCAACUACAACCGGUCGGCUUCGCGUAGUAAUAGUUUUGGGAAAUAUUUUGCUUUCUUGCUAAGAGUAAAGCAAGAAGUUUGAUACCACUGUCCACCAGAUACCAAGCAGUCCCUCCCAGACUUAAAGCAUCAAAGUCAAAAUGACGAGGCUGAGUUUGAAAAGGGUUAAAUCGCUGUUGGAUGAUAGGUCAAGUUUUUAAAAAUGGUUUUAAAAAAGGUUUUUUAAAUGGUUUUAAAACGUUUUUUCAACAGUACUUCUGACCACUUGGGGCAUAAAAAUUUGGAAGACAUGCCGGAGCGUCCCUGCCAGGGGCGGAUCUAGGAUCCUUGGCAGUCAGGGGAUCUUGAGAAAACAUCCGGGGCUGAAGCCCAAGUAGCCACCCCCUAGAUCCGCCACUGGUCCCUGUUCAUUAGUUUAGGAUCGUCAGAGAGCCUUUCAUCAAAUGUUUGCCCCCAUGUGGUCAGAAGUUUCUGUUACAUGGUGGCUUUAAUGCUGUGCUGGCUGGAAUUUGAAAACCUCCAGUAGCAUCUUGUCUUUGAUUACAUCAAAGUAACUAAUCAUGAAACCAUAAUUAACAAGAACCACAGUCGGAGGAUGGAUUUAACGAUGUAAGUUGUCAAUCCGUGAAGGCAUUCAUCUCCUGGUGCUGCUCGGUGGUGUCAGCUCUCCGUCUGGCUCUGGCGAGGAAUUAUGUGAGCGUUCUGUUCCUUUUAAGACGGUUGUGGGCUGGACUUUGAAUGCUACCCAGAACAUAACGAAUCUUUUACCAUCUGCAGACCUCCUCCAUCACAAUUCCUGAUUCCUGGUCCAGCUGAAGUCAAAGCGGACCAUUUUUCUUGACUGGUCCUCCCCCACAAGUCCCAUUUAACCACUUGUCAUCUCUGCGAGUGUUCUGCGUAUCACUACUUAUCUCUGACUUGCAGAUGUUUGUGCAGCUCACCACGGAAAGGUCCGGUCCUUUUUAGCUCAAACAUUUGGUUCCUAAUCCUCCUUCAAGGUGCUGUCUGUCGGCUGAAUCCAAACCCAUGCAGGAUCGAGCUCCUGGUUUUUGUGCAGAUUUGUGCGAUUUACUUGAACUUGUAAAGUACGGAUUCAGACCGGCGACCUCUGACAUUCAACCUCACGCAUUGACGAUUUGCUUUCAUGAAUAAAAUUAGCAUCGAUAUCAAUUAAAAACCAGUGACUUCAUAACAUGACGGGGCUAUUCAUCAGAACAUGAAAUUACUUUUAUCAGAUUUCGACAGAUCCGCAUUCACAUGGAUGGAGAGAAAAGAAUUCAAAAUGUUGUCUUAGUUUAGAGGAUGGAUUAGCAUAUACCUCAUUCCCAGUCCAGCAGAGCUGGAUCUUAAAAUGCUAUUGUAUUGAUAUUAACAGUUAUAAACAGCAUUACAUACGCUCAGUUUAAAAAAAUAAAUAAAAAAAAUCUCACUUAUGUUGUAGCUUUCACCUGAUUGAGCCAAUUGCUUAUAGUUUGCUCAUAACUGUGUAAAAAGAAAAAAAAUAAGAGCUGUGAGAUAAAAGAUGUUUUUGGUUUUUCUCCUUUGGGACCAUUUUGUUUUUCUUUAGAUCUUGUACAGAUUUAUGGUUUGGUUUGACUUAUUUAUUCCAUCAGUAGUGCUUGGUUUUUAUCAUAAGAUAAUGGUUUUGUUUUCUUAAUAAAAGCCACAAAACUUUCCGGUA